AUGCGAUAUCUGCAUCGAUUCGGUUAUCUGAACAGCCCAGCGCCCAGUCUACACGAAUUUCGCACCGGACUCCGAUUGUUCCAGGAAGUGGUAGGGGUGGAGCCGACUGGUGAACUCACUCCGGAAACAGUGGAAGCAACGAAGAGGACGCGCUGUUCACAAAAAGACACGAGAAAGGAUACGGGCAGAUCGAAAAGAUUUGAAGUAACCACCUGCAGCUCUCUCGGGUACGUCAAAAUGGGACAAAAAGCACUUUACUGGUCUGCACGAGCUGUCUCUCAAGUGCUCGACGAUCCAGAAGGCUUUGGCAGCUCUGGGCCUAAGGAAGCCUACAUGAGAGUGAAACCUACCAAAGAUCGUCUCAACCGAUGUAAGCCGCUUAGCAAUCGUAAACAAUUUGUUGACAUUAAGCCGCAUCACAAGCCUGAAGCUGACAUCAACAUACUGUGGGCUGAAGGAGCUCAUGGCGAUCAGUACGAAUUCGAUGGUGCUUCGGCAAAGAAGAACAUUCUGGCGCACACGUUCUUUCCCGGUCAUUCAGAACCGCUCAACGGUGACAUUCACUUUGACGACGCUGAGACCUGGGAGACUGACCUGACCGCGGCCACCAACCAGUUAGUUUCUCAGCAAUUUUUACAAGGGAAUUUUCGCUUUGUUCACUAA